GUCGUAUUUGUGAACCGUGCCCCCACGCCGAGUCGACGAGGAGAAGACUCGCCGCCGCCGCUGCCGCCGCCCAAAAUCCAUCUCGCCACGUCCUCAGAGGAUCGCUCCAGAAAUCGACCGAUCUUCAAUCAUCAACACACCCCACCUCAUUCCUCCCCUACCCAACCCGCGCAAGCCCUCAGCCGAUUAGGGCUCCAGCCAUCUGGGCUCAACGCCGGUGGCCAGCGGCGCAACCGACCCGCGCACCCUCCCCUGCGUUGGAUUGGGCCUCCCCACCACCGAAACCACACUUCUCGCCGUCGCCGCAGGAACCCUUGCAGCCCACCUUGCAAUCUCGUCCUCCCGUCGGCCUCCUCACCGUCGAUCGAUCUAAACCGCCAAGGGUUUUGUUCUUAACUUUGUGCCUCAAGUCUUGUCUUGAAUGGCAACAUCUUUGGAUGUUCCGCUGGAUGAUUUGAUUAAGAGCAGAAGUGGGAGGGGAAGAGGAAGAGGCAGGGGACAAGGAGGGGGUCAGGGCAGAGGUGACAGCCAAAGAUUGGCCUGUGGUUCAUGGCGUGGGCGUGUUGCUGGCACCUUCCGUGGCAGGGGGCUAGGUGUGCCUUCACGAAGGCCACUUGGUGUUAAUACUCGAUCCUCGUCAUUUGCUAUUGCCAAGUCAUUCAAUAAACCUAAGGAUUUUGUGUGGAGACAUGAUUUGUUUGAGGAUAGCAUGGUGGCUGCUGGGCUUUCUGGGAGAGAAUCUGGAACAAAGCUGUAUAUUUCAAAUUUGCACUAUGGAGUGACAAAGGAAGAUAUACAGGAGCUUUUUUCUGAAAUGGGUCAUUUGAAGCACUGUGCUGUUCAUUACGACAAUAAUAGGCGCCCAACUGGUUCAGCUGAGAUGAUAUUCACUAGGAGAAGUGAAGCUCUUGGGGCAUUGAAGCGAUAUAAUAAUGUGCAUCUUGAUGGGAAGGCAAUGAAGAUCGAAGUGAUAGGAGCAGAUUUGGGCCUAUCUACUGCUGUCGCACACCGAAUUAGUGUUGCUCCUGGUGCAAGGGGAAGAGGGCAGAGAGUUGUAAUGAUGCCUGGUGCAAAUGGGUAUGGUCGAGGUGCGUCUGGCUCAUCUAAUUCGCUUCCUGGGUGGAAGCGUGGAGGUUUUGCUCAAAGAUGGGGAGGACAAGGGCACGGUCGUGGCCGUGGCCGUGGCCGUGGCAGUGGGCGUAGCUUUGGUCAGGGGCGUGGACGUGGCUAUGGACGGAUGGGACCUGUGGGGAAAUCAGCUGAACAAUUGGACAAGGAGCUUGACAACUACCAUUAUGGUGCGAUGAAUGUCGACUAAGAUGUGCAUCCAAUCAGCCGGAAGUUGGAAUUUGGUUGAAGCUAAGCUUGUAUUGUGUUUGUUUUUGCUGCCGAACUAUCGCCAGUUGGUUCUGCAAGAUGUGCACGUUUGUCAUAUGUUCAUUGCCUCAGCUUAAGAUUAGAUUUCUAACUGCAAUUUCGAGUUCAAGGCUGAUCAUUAGUUGGCUGAUAGCUCUUGUGUGGUUU